GGCAGACACGGCAGCACUCUGAUAGGUACAUCCUCUUGGCAGAGGUUUUUCAGUAAGUGUUGUCUGGGCGUGGAGAGAGGCGUACCAGGCCAGAAACAGCAAGAGAACAGAGGUACAGACAUUCAAGUCAGCUCUGCUGAGAUUGUUCAAACAGCCAGAAGCAUGGAAGAGCUCCAUAGAGCCAUGCAUCUCACAUUCUCUGUGGAAGAACAAAAUGGCAGUGGCAUUGCUUGCCCUUGUGACUCUUCCCCUGUUUCUCACAGGACCAGCAGUAACUUAAGUCAUAGUAGCACAUAUUGCCCCACUGAUGUGAAGAUGGUAAAGGUCUGUAUCAGUGAAGUGUCCUCCACUGAGGACAGAACCAAAAAAGCCACUGCACAAUCGAACGACCCAGCCGUGGUGGACCAUGUCAAAACUCAUAAUGACGAUUGUAACCAAGAUGCGACUUUGGCGUUCCAUAAGACCAAGAUCAUCAGUGUUGAUUCUGCAAGGGCCCUGGGUCCUGCUGCCUGUGGUACCGCCGAUGAGAAAAGACACAGUGGUUCAGAGACAAACGUUGACCCUGCAGGGAGAGAGGACUGUGUUGUCAGCUCUGCUAACCCACCUUUCAGUGCCUCCAGCGAGAGCUGCAGCACUGUCGGCUCUGGAGAGAUGGUUUUCAGAAGUAACAGUUUCCUGCUCCAUGAGUCUGAUCAGCUACUGAGUGCUUCGCUCCUAGGUGAAUCCUCAGAUAUGCAGUCUGAGGCUGGCUUGGUGCUGGGCUUACUCCCUGAUGUCUGUGAGGGACUUGUUAAUAGCAAGGUCAGUACUUCAGGUACUGAAGCCAAACAUCAGGAAUUGGGGGUCACCUUCAUCCAGCCUUGUAAUCAUACUUACAUUAUGGAAGAGGAGGUCUUCCAAUCACCGUUAGGUACUUUAGGUCCUCUGAAAGGAACUGCGACGCACAGGUCGCCGCACAUGGUCACGGUCAUAGAUCGAUCUGAAGGUGUCGCACCAGUUCAUUGUAACAAAAGUCAUUUAGAGGGUCAGCAGAUGUCAUUGAGAACCAAUGGGUCCACUCACUCCACACCAGCUGAGGGAAAGACGUUCCAGCUCUGCACCUCUGAGGAGUUAGACAUCAGUGGUAAUGUCCAAACUUCUACUCCUGUUCAGUCUUUGGGCUCCAAAACCUUUUCCCACCUCUCCCUCUCAAACUCUCCUCUUAGCAAAAGUAGGAGUGAUCUGGGGAGUCCUUUGGCCCAAGACCAGCAAAGUUCUGUUUCUCUGAAUCCCAAAACACCUUUGACUGCACCAAUCAAAAGUAACAAAAUAGAGAUCAAACGGUUUGCCAAGCCUGACUUAAGUAAUGUAAAAUCAAAAAUUAUAGAAAGACCUGUCAGUGGCUUAAAGUCAUCAGGUGAGGCAGUGAUGAAGGCUUCACCAAAUAUCACACAUCAAGCCUCCACAAAUCAGACGACAAAGACUUCCCAUUCUAUACAACGCAAGGCAUCUCUUACCAAGUCUACCUCUGCAGUUUCUUGCAAUUCCCCUGUCAUACCUCCCUGCAGUAGCUUUAAAAGGGACCAAAGCACUGGAAUCAAAAGAAUCAGUUCAUCUGCUUAUCAAGAACGAGGAACCACUCCAAAGUCCCAGCCUCGCACACAGUCUGAGACAUGCUCCUCACCUCAGACUACUAUGGAAGAACCUAGCGAGAAAGACGCACGAGUCAAAACAACCUUAAACAGUUUCACCACUAAAAAAACCUCAUCUGCAGUGUAUGUGCUGAAACGACCUGGGCUGGCCAAGUUUGCAGACAGAAAUACUUCUUCUAGAGAAGACAAAGGGUUCAUUGAGUCACUCAACAUAUGCGGGAAACCCCAGAAGCCCAGUCCAAAAGCGGACCCGUCCACACUGGCAGGGGCGGCAGCAUGCGACUGGAGCCGAGACAGACCUGGCGCCUCGCCAUCGGUGUCCAGGACGGGAGGCACCAAAGCCGCGCGAGCCCCAGUUGCAAACCUUCGGCCGCCUGCUCCGUUGACAUCAAAGCCCAAGGCUGGCCCAGUGGGGAGAAAUGGCUGCACCACCACAGACAUGCCUUCCCCAAGGAGCAAACGGGGCAUGAGCCGAGGUAGUUCAAAAAUGCACCUUACUGAAAACACAGGAGCUGAGGUUUCAGGGACAGCACGUUCCAGACUCCUCAUACCUGCUGCUCACACACAUGUUUCAGCCUCGAAAUUGCCAGUGAAGCCUCGAGCACGACCCAGAAGUCCCAGGGCUUCCACCAGCCAUGCAAAGCCAGAUUAUGUAGAUCCUUCACCAGGGGUUUCUAGAAGACCCCCAACUAGCAGGACGACUUCAGUUAGAACCAGACUCCAAAGUCAGCCUCCCAGAUCAUCACAGUCAGGAUGCAAGAACACAUCAUCAUCAUCUUCACAAGCGUCAGUGAGGGCUGCUUCGAGUGUCUUGAAAACCCAAGCCUCACCACGACCCGUACGACUCCCUGGAGCUUUAUCAGUCGACAAGGGCAGGGUGAAGGCGAGCACGCGGGGCCAGGCCAGCGGCCAGCCAGACCUUGUGCCGCCGGAGACCAAGCCACGCGGCGUGGAGUACUACAAGACUUUGUGCGAGAGGAAGAACCAGACCAUUCAGCAGCUGAAGAGCAGCUUCCGCGCCAGCAGCCGCAGGUUCGAGGCCAUCGCCGUGGUGGUGCAAAACCUGUAUGCUGAGCACGAAGACACUGUGAAAACGGCGGCAGGAGCUUUCUCUGGAGCUGCUGAACUUGCACGAGAGACCUCGUGAGUUCCGUCCAGGCUUGCGAGCGUUUGGAGCAGGACAAGGAAGAGCUGCGUGCUGCGUUUGAUGGAGUGCUGCAGAAGGUGC